AUGGAAUACACAAACAUCGAAAAAGUCGUCGUAAUAGCAAAGACACUAAUGAGUCUUUCCUUCCUGUUUAUGUCGUGUAACAUUUAUUCUGAUCUAUGGCUUGGCCUCUCGCUGAAUGGCCGCGCCUAUGCUGCACUGGAUCACACCAAAUUUCUCGGUGCCUCGAUUGGACAAUGGAUUAUUCAAAACAUGGCGCAUCCAAAUGUUGUGGCUCUUGGAGGUAAAAUAAUGACGGUUGCGUGUUUGAUAAGAAUUGCGGCUCGAUCCUGA